UUUCCGAUUAAAACUACAAUGAUACAUACAAUGACUAAUUAUUAGGUACGUAAAAAUUACCCCACCACCAUUCCAAACUGAUAUUGACAAACCGCAAACAGAAUUUCUGAACGAUAAUCUCUAACCAUAAAUUUCGGCUGUAAAAAAUAAAUCACGAUUUUCACACUAUUUAUAUUUAUUUAUGUCUCUAAACGACUCAUCCGUGAUCUAUAAAUAAACUAUUAAACGCAAAACGCCAUUCGAUAAGAAUUAUUUGAGCUCAACAACCAAGUCAACUCAUAAAAUGCGUUACAUAUAUUUGACUACUAUUUUCAGUGUUGUUUUUGCCUUUGAAAAAGAUAUAACUUUUACUGUUCAAGCAGGAAUGACCGACUGUUUCUACCAGAAAGCACAGCCGAACGAGUUAAUAGACAUAGAAUAUCAGGUAAUAGAUGCAACACAUGGUGAAUUGGACAUAUCAUUUCAACUCACGGAUCCUGUUGGACGGGUAAUAGUCUCUGACUACAAGAAGCCAGAGAACUCUCACAGACAUCAAGCCACCUUAAAUGGAGACUACAGAUUUUGUUUUGACAACACAUUCAGCACUUUUAGUCAGAAAACUGUAUUUUUCGACAUAUUAAUAGACAAUGAGGAGACAGAGGAGAAAGAUUAUGAUGACGACAAAGAAAUGGAACUUGGUACUGCAGCAGAGAGCUACAUAAUGAGGGUGAGGGAUAUAGCGGAAUCUGUGAACCGGGUGAGGGACAACGUGUCCGCGGCCAAGAGACUCCAAGAGUUGCAGUCCGCGCACGAGGCCAGAGACAGGAACAUCGCUGAAGAGAUGUGCGACAGGGUCAUGAGAUGGUCCAUCAUUCAGAUGGUGCUGAUGGUGAUGGUCGGGGCCACACAGGUUUUAUUUUUGAAGAGCUUAUUUGAAGACAAAAGUGACUACAGAAAGUUAAUACCGGGCUUGUCGAAGUGACGAAUGAAUUAGUCGAAGCCGUUCUUGCCAUAUACUAAAAUAGGACAUCAAUAAUAGUGUUGCCACUCUCACGUAUGACGGAUUCAAAUGUCAAUUUAAAAUGAUUUCGUUAUUUUUAUGCUUAUGAUGACGUCAAUGCGUGCUGCUGUAAUGGAUCGCAUCUCGUAUCGCGACAAGUUUAAUCUCACAUUUUUUUACUGCCCCUGUAAGCAAACGAGCAAACGAUCCACUUGAUGGUAAGUGAUCACCGUCGCCCGUGGACUUCAGCAAUGCCAGGACCAGAGCAAAGUUGCCUACCAUAAAAUGUCAUAAAUGUCACAAUAUGUCAGCUGUCCCUACUGUGAUAUAAGCCUGGCCGAGAGUCUGGACGUGUCAACGGUGACGUAAUCAUUAGAACAAACAUGCGACAAGGAUCUGGAUGAAUAUAGCCAAAAUUGAGAGUACCUGGCAUCAGCGGAUGAAUCGUUGAGGCAGCUGUGAAGAUAUCCCGACAGAUCGAAGGCUCUACAGCAUCCUUAUCCCACUAGGUGUGGUCGGCACAGCGAAUUUUUCUAUUCCACUAUCAGCCGUCAUGUCAACACUCACUCCUCUCUCUCUCAUAUCGUCAUUAAC